AUGAGUGACAUAGCCCAGGUGGGGAAUCUGUCGGGCCUGAAUGCUAACACUCGCUCUCUAAGCAGGCUCACAGAAAGUAAGGAAGGGGAAUGGAGCGAGUUGGAUCAGGCAGAACUCGAACGAUGUUUCAUCGAGACUCAACAGAGUUCCGCCACGCCAGAGUCAUUAUGUUUUAUGUCAAUUCUCGGUGGUGUGCAGAUAACGACGCCGUACAACGAAACGCCGAUAUUUGGUGCCACCGAAACGAAUAAGACAUCAUGCAGUUCCACACAGCCCAACUCCACCGUCGCAUGCAGCUUGCCACCCGUGUGGUAUGGGUUGCCAAGGAGUACUCCCAACACUUCAUUUAGACUGGAGCCGUUGCCAGAAGUGGCUAUGGAUUCCCUGCAGGAGAAGAAAGGAGAGAAAAGGACAUGGGUGGAUCCUCUCUCGUCUUCCACUUUGAGAGAUUCACUCCGGGGAAUGCAACCGGUAUCUUUACAGAAUGAGACAAAAGGAUCACAAACGGAGGCGUGGAAAUCCAAUCCGGUGCAACCGUUGGAAGGUCAUUUGCAGAGCCCCCAACGCUGUAAGCUUGGGACGUGUGGACGCAACGAACUGCCCGUUUCCCCAUUGGAAGCCCUGGCGCGAUGUGGGUGUCAUCUCAGUGCGUACGAGAAGGAGGAAGUCUUGGGGUUUCAAGACGUGUACUACUGUGGGGCACACGCCAAGUGCGCAGCUCUGGCUUCUAUGCCUCCCAGUGGACUGAAGCCAGCGAAGAACGAGCCUUCUCCUCUGUCCUUUGAUGAUCACGAUCAUAACUAUCGCAUCAUCCCUGGAGACCAUGUGGGAUACCGCUUUGAGUGUAUGGACGUUCUUGGCCGUGGCACGUACGGGAUUGUGGUGCGAGCUCUUGAUUAUGCAGCCCGACCCAUACCAAAACAAUGUGCACUGAAAAUAGCGAAAAAUCUUCCCCGUUACGCCGAAACAUUGAGGAGGGAAGCCGACAUAUUGGAUUUUCUGUGGCACAACAAACCAGAGGCGAGGAGGUGGAUCCCGCAGGUGUUGACACGUCUGACAUUCCGUUCACAUGAAAUCCUCGCGAUUCCUUUAUUUGGACUGGACAUCAAGGAACUGCUCCGGGUAAAUCUUUUCCGUCCGAUGCCAAUGGCACUCACGCGGGCUAUGACGGCUCAAAUGGUGGUUAUGCUGCAGCUUCUCUCAGAUGCCAACGUCACUCACGCAGAUCUAAAGCCAGAGAACAUUGCGCUUUUUGAUCGAAGCUUGUCCGAUGUAACCUUUCCACCCGACAUUCAACGACAAAUUUCUCUGGAGGAGCAAGAAAGGGAUGGUACUAAACUGGAUGAUGAUGGUGAUGAUCGGGAGCACGACAGCCCUUUGUUUCUAGAUUCAGUCAACAGUUUGUUUUCAUUGCAUACGAGAGGGAUACCUGGCAUGGCAGCUUCUGAGGAAAUAGAAAAUGAUGGGGAAGAUGACGUGGUCACAUCACACAUAGCAAUACUUGACUUUGGUGCAGCCCACGUGGGGAAAUCAUGUGUCUAUCCUGCGCAGAGUACUUUCUAUCGCGCCCCGGAGGUGGCACUGCAGCUUCCCUACGGCCCCGCUAUUGAUAUGUGGUCACUUGGCUGUGUCGUUUACGAGCUUGCCACGGGCGUUCCUCUGUUUGUUGCGGAAUCCGACAAAGAACUUCUUCAGCGACACAUUACAGUGCUCGGUAUGCCCCCACCGGAGGUGCUUCAGAGGCUUCACGAAAUGCGCACUUCGUCUGGCGACGUGGAGGAGAAAAAGGAGGAGGAAGAAGAUGGGAAAAUGCGGGACCUUUUCGCAUCUCUACAAGUUGAACGAACACCGAAUACCGAACGCCCUUCCGCGCAGGUCCUUAAUCUCCUGCAGCUUCUUCACAUUCAAGAGAGGGAAGAGGCAAUCAUAUCUAAUAAACAAACGCAGCAAAUGCGACAGCAAAAGAACCAUACCGACACGCAUCUUGCCAAGGAAGCAUACCCCUUAGUAACGGCGACGUCCCCUUCAAGAUACGAUGGAGAUGAUGACGACGACGCCGGAGAGACAGUAUCGACACUGUUGCUUCUUGACUUUCUUCUUGGAUGCCUGACGUGGGACCCGGAAGAACGCUUGACACCUGACGAAGCCAAAUGUCAUCCGUACCUUGUACCGUGCUUCAAGGAAGACUUUAUGCAAUGUGACGAGAAGGCAACACUGUUGGGAACGCGCAGUACCGGAAUGUACUACUUGCACACGCACGCUCUCACACGUGGUGAGGUGAGAAUUUUGGAAGCUGCGGAAAGGGAGUACGCCCAACGCCGAGCUAAGGGAAAGGUAGUGACGAAUGGGAUGCAUCCAUUGAUGCGUUUGAACGUACGCCAUGCCAUUCAACCCCUUCGCCGCUUUACUUCGCAGCGGUUUGGUGAUGAUACGUCCGAGACGCCACUACGUGUCUCUUGCAGAUCCAUUCGACCAGUGAGAAUUGCGGUGGGGGACUGCCUGCAACCGUAUACAACAAAAUUCUUUGAUCCGAUCGAACAGGUUGAAGUGUCUAUCAUGUAUUUUGAUGAAAUUUGA